GCCGCUGUCUGCGGGGGUCGCCCUGGUGCGCGCCAUGGAGUCGGGGCUGAUGCGGCGUUUAGCCCCGCGACUGGGCAUCGCGGAGCCCGAGGUGCUGAGGAAAGCAGAGGAGUACUUGCGACUGUUGCAGGUGAAAUGUAUUGGCCUGUCUGCACAUACCACAGAAACCAGCAAUGCGGUCAUGUGCCUGGACCUUGCAGCUUCCUGUAUGAAAUGCCCUUUGGACAGGCCUUAUUUAAUUAAACUUUCUGGUUUGAACAAGAAGAUGUAUCAGAGCUGUCUUAAAUCUUUUGAAUGUUUACUGGGCCUGAAUUCAAAUAUUGGAAUAAGAGACCUGGCUGUACAGUUUAGCUGUAUAGAAGCAGUGAACAUGGCUUCAAAGAUACUGCAAAGCUAUGAGUCCAGUCUUCCACAAACACAGCAAGUGGAUCUUGACUUAUCCAGGCCACUUUUCACUACUGCUGCACUACUGUCGGCAUGCAAGAUUCUAAAGCUCAAGGUGGAUAAAAAUAAAAUGGUAGCCACAUCCGGUGUAAAAAAAGCCAUAUUUGAUCGACUGUGUAAACAAUUAGAGAAGAUCGGGCAGCUGAUUGACAGAGAGCCUAGUGAUUCAGCUACUUCUCCACGGAAGAAAAAGAAGACAGUGGUUGAACCUCCAGCCAGGGAAAUAGAGAAGGUGGUAGAGAUCCCACAUAAACCACAAAAAGAUGAAGAUCUGACACAGGAUUAUGAAGAGUGGAAAAGGAAAAUUUUGGAAAAUGCUGCCAAAGCACAAAAGGCCCCAGCAGAGUGACUUCAGCUUUCAGACUGCCGUGUGCUGCAAACCGAGAGUGCAUCCGCCACCUCCACGAGGAUGUGGGGCAUUGGAACUCUGAACUUUUAUAAUAAGGAUCCUGACUGUUGCAUUAACAGCAAAGAAGCCAGCCCUGGGGCUGAGUUCUGGGCCGCAGGCUGGCCUGUGACGUGGGCAGCGAAUUCCUGACAUCAGCCACGGUUGGCCUAGCCUGGCUCCCCACACGUCUGCACUCUCCUACAAAAUGGAGUUGGAGCCAUUUUGCUCUUUUGUUUUAAGCAAAAGACAGUCCCUUGUCCUAUCCAAAAUAUAAAAUUCAGGCUGAUUGGAGUCUUAUGGAUCUUAUUUAGGUUUUAGUGUAAGUUUCUUGGUUUGACUAAAUCAAUAUAUGGUACAGCCUAAGCUAAUAAAUGUUAUUUUUAUAUGCA